AUGGCAACCAACGUCUCCCCUGCCAACUCGGCAUUGGGGGACUUUGACAGUCCCCCAUCCGACGAUGAGUCCUGGGCUUUUAUGAGCACGCCUAUCGCUGGCUCUCUUUCGGACUCGUCUAUUGUUUUCUUACCGAGCCCGGCCAGCCACAGUCUGGCGUCGUAUGGUGUUGUUGCCCAUCACGGCCAUAGUUACCGGGGGCCAAGCCCAAGUCUCAGCAACUUGAGCAUGAGCCCUGGUCCCUUUCAGAUGGUGUUGAAUUCAUCGCCACCCCCUCUGACAUCUGCGCCAUCACCGGUCCUCCUCUCGGCUCAUAGCCAACGACUACCAACCUCAUACUCAGUACAGUACACUGACUUCAUGCCUGCUUCGAUGAACGCUACCGGCCUUUUAACCGAUAAUGGGCUCCCCAUGGCGCCAUCGGACAUCUCAACUAAUGCCAGCGGAUUUAUGCCUUCACCAAGUACAUACCUCCUAGACCAGCAAUAUACAUCACUAAGACCGGAUCCCUAUUCUGAAGCCCUACAGGCCUCUGGACUGGCAAAUGACUUUUCAAGACUUGAACGCGAGAAUAAUCAGCAUCAAGCCCGGCUAGGAGCCCAGGGUCAGCAGCAGGUAGCCAGGCUCGACAUCCCCUUCCAAAUGCAGUCCCCUGCCAAUGCCAGCCCCUGGAACCCGAUGGAUGUUUCCGAGCAGCACGAUUCCCCGAUGUUCACGAUGGACGAUUAUAUCUCGCCAUCCCCGCAAGGCACAUUCUCCUCUACCAGUCUCGCUUCUGCUCAAGAGGCCGGUAUGCGGUCUGCGGCCAACAUCAUGCUGGAAUCCAUCACUGGUGCAUACGAGCAACAACAGUCUCAAAACCAGCAAAUCUACCAGUUUCAGCAGUUCCAAAUACAGCAGUUUCUCCAACAACAACGGUCGCCUAUGCGGCAGCACCAGCAACAGAAAGUGCAAUCUCAGCAGGCAACUACAGCCGCUCAUGCUUCAACUGCUACCAAGGCUACGCCAUUGGCUGGAUCCUUGACCAAAUCAGUCUCCUCAAAGCUUGCUAUUGGUAACUUGGACAAAGUGAAGGGUACAGGCUCCCGGGUUGAGAAGAGGAAGACCGGGAAUAACUCCUCUGCAAAUGAGAAGUUCCAACCCACUACAAACGCUGGCACUGGCAACAGUGUCAGUAACGAAGACAGAUUUAUCAUUGUCACUCCCACGACAAUCAGUUCACAUGCUAGCAGCGGCAGCAAACAAAACCUCUUCGACCACCUCGAGGCUUUCAACACCACCCAGAAGGGCCGUAAAGGUCCUUUGGCUGACGAAGUCAAAGAAGGAGCGCUGCAAGUCCGCCGCUUGGGAGCAUGCUUCUGUUGCCACGCCAGGAAAGUCCGCUGUGAUGCAAACCGUCCGUGCAAGAACUGCACAAGGCUUGCAACGUCUGUGCCUCAGGUUGUGUGCUGGCGCUUUGAUGAUUUUCUUGUGGAGCUCUUCCCGGCCAUAAUUCGCUCCCACUUCCGCAAGGACGAGAUGGCGGCGUACAUGUCUACCCACAUCGCUGAUUUCACUCAGCCGUGCACCGUUUUACUGUCCUGUGGUUUAGGCUUCAAGAGCACAUUGGAGAUCCGUGGCGCCAGAUUCUUCACUGCCAAGUCGCGUGAAAUACUACAUCAUGAGCGGUUGACCCUGUCCGGCAACCGGAGUCACCUGAAGUCUUUUAUGGCGGCGCCUAUUGCUCUGGACCUAUCUGAAACCUCUUGCACCAGCGCUUCGUCGCAGCAGGAUAGGAUUAAGAGGACUUUGCGUGUGUACAUCGAAAACCUAAUCAAGGAAGACACCUACGUCGAACAGCUCACGGCCAAUCUUCGGCAGACAGGCCUGCCCAAGAAGAUCCUGACGAUUGUCCGAAAGUAUUACUUUCAAACAAAUUCUCCUAUCGUCAAACAAGCUCUCGCCAUAUAUACGAUGCACUACGUCAUGUCGCAUCAUAUCAGCCUCACAAAAGAGACCAUUCUCGAUCUCGCGCCCUCUGGCAUGGUGCCACAGAACGACAUAUUUGUGACCCCGCGCAUGCUAAACCGGCAGGUCAAGGCCGUUCUCGAUGAACUGAUGCAGGAAGAGGUCGAUAAGCUGUUCAAGAUGUUUACGCGGGACCUAAAGCCAAAGUCGCGCAAUUCGUGGGCUCCGUGCUUGGCCGCGUUUCUGGUAUUCUGUCUCUUCAUGGAAGCUGUGGGUCUUGCUCUAGACCAUUUUGCUCUUGCUCAUAAUGAAUCCGACAUACAAAAUGAGCGCGCCAUGCAACCCAACUUUGCCCGUUCCGAGGCCGUCAAGCUUGGUCGGGCUAUCGAAAACCUGCCCUUCCGCCAGUUCGCUCACCAGUUCCAUUACAUAUACCAAACAGGGGCAACCGCAUCGGGCAGCUCCACGACUUCUACCACCACAUCUACAUCAGGCUCUUCACCAUCGUCGUCUAGUAGCCAGGCUUCUUCUUUCAAUGGGUCCAUCACUCUACUCACGCGCGCAGGGUAUGAACUAGAUUUUUUGGGCGGAGACUACAAUUUGGACACCAUAGAGCCACACCCGUACCCGCGGGAUGUGACCUUUGACUAUACCGGGCGAUUGUGCUCAACAUUCUUGCUAUCUUUCACAAGGCCUAACAAGAUACUUCAAUCAUCUUGA